UUCACCUUCACAGCUUCCCUUCUCUCUUGCCUCUGAUGAUUUGAGAGAGAGAGAGAGAGGAGUAAACUUAGAGGGUGCGCCAGGCAAACCCUUAUAAUGCCCACGCGACUCUUUAAUCUUCUUCUUCUUCCUUCCUUCCUUGCUUAGAUCCUAAAUCUCCAAAACCCCAUUCUUUCUUUGUUAUUAUUAUUGUUAUUAUUCUUUUCUUUUACUUGCCCUCAUGUAAACAAGCCCUUUCUCACUAGAUUUCUCUAAACCGAUAUUUAUUAGUCCUCUUCCUUCAGAUUUUCGGGAACUAAUGGGGAAAAGGGUUAAGAAGAAUCGCCGAGUACCUCCUAGGGAGAAAAAGGUUGUGGCAGCCCAAUCUCCAAAAGUUAUACCUCAAGAGAAUAAUGCUAGUAUUGAAAAUGUUGAUGAUGGAGUUCCAGUCGUAAAAGAGAGGAAAUCAUGUCCCCAUCUUGUUAAAGGUAUUGACUUGGAUAAAUUGUUGCCUAAAUUAAGGUCCUCGGAGCCUAUUAGGUGCGAAGAUUGUAGGGAAGGUGGAAGUGAUAGGAGAGGGAGUAAGGGAAAGGGUAAACAUGGGAAGAAGAAGGGAAGUGCAUCGGUGGAUUCAAAAUCUGAGUCGAAAGCCAUUUGGGUUUGUUUGGAAUGUGGACAUUUUGUGUGUGCUGGAGUUGGUUUGCCAACAGCUUCUACCACCCAUGCAAUUCGUCAUAUUAGACAAACCCGUCAUCACUUGAUGAUUCAGUGGGAUAAUCCCCAAUUGAGGUGGUGCUUCGCGUGUAGUACAUUUAUUCCUGUAGAGAAAACGGAAGAAAAUGGUGAAAAUAAAGAUGCUUUGUCUGAGGUUGUAAAAUUGAUUAAAGAACGAUCAUCUGAAUUACCAGCAGCUGAUGUUGAGGAUGUUUGGUUUGGAAGUGGCAGUGUUACGAAUGCAAUCAAAUUAGAAGGAACUAUAUCAAAUGGCAUUGAUGAAAAAAGUGGCUAUACGGUUCGGGGUUUGGUUAAUCUUGGGAAUACAUGCUUCUUUAAUUCAGUAAUGCAGAAUCUUCUAGCUCUGGAUAGACUAAGGGACUACUUCUUGAAUCUGGAUGCAUCCGCGGGGCAACUAACUAUUUCUUUGAAAAAGCUUUUUGCUGAAACAAAACCGGAGAUGGGAUUGAAAAAUGCUAUCAAUCCAAAACCCUUUUUUGGGUGCAUUUGUGCUAAGGCUCCCCAGUUUAGGGGCUAUCAACAACAUGAUAGUCAUGAAUUGCUUCGUUGCUUGCUUGAUGGGCUUUAUACAGAAGAGUUGGCUCUGAAAAAACACAUUAAUGCUUCUAAAAAUGAUGUAGUUUUGGCAAAUCAGGAUCUUACUUUUGUGGAUGCAGUAUUUGGGGGUCAAAUUUCUAGUACUCUCUGUUGUGAGGAAUGUGGGCACUCCUCAACAGUGUAUGAACCAUUUUUAGAUCUCUCCCUUCCAGUUCCAACUAAGAAAACCCCAACUAAAAAGGCUCAACCAGUCUCUCGAGCCAAGAAAACAAAGCUGCCACCAAAAAAAGUUGGCAGGGCUCGAGGAAAAAUUAACAAAGAUGCAGAUCGGUCACCAGCUCAAGGUGUUACGACUUCAUCGCCAAGCAGUGAAUCUCCAGGCCUAGGCCAUAUAGUUGUGCCUCAAACGGAAACCAUGGUGGCAUCUUCCAGUGAUACUUUACUAUCAGGUGCUGUUGGCACAAGUGCCGUGGCCAAUGAACUCAGUUCUGCUUCACAGAAUCUCUUAGCUGUUGCGGAGUCUGAGAAUGAGCAAGUAAUGGACAAUACGGUGAAGGAAAAUACAGCUGCGGCAGAUGAUUUUGCUUGGAUGGAUUACCUUGUAAUGGAGAAUACGCUGGAGGAAAAUGCAGCUGGGGCAGAUGGUUUUACUUGGAUGGAUUACCUUGAACCAGGAACAAUAGCUGUUGAGAAUGAUUUGAUUUCUCAAAAUAAUGAUAUUUCCUUUUUUCAAGAUUCUGAAGACAAGGAUCUGGUUCUGAAUGAAGCUUUAGCAGAAAGUAGUCAGGUUUCUUUAGUUGAGGGGGAACCAAAUCGGAAACCACAUGAUUCUUCUGGAAACCUUCAGGAAGAGGAGCUUCCUUUGCUGGUUCUAGAUUCUGAGGUUCUGUUGCUCCCUUACAAAGAAGAAGGUACCAGUUCUAAAGAGAGUGUGAGAGAAAACGAGGCCUUCUCAUCAAAUGUUGGCCAUGGACAAGAGGAAGUGGAGUUCGAUGGCUUUGGUGACAUGUUUAAUGAGCCUGAAAUUGCUGAAAGGCCCAGCAUUGGGCCCUCUUUAGCAAAUGAAGUUGCUGAAACUGGUUUUUUGGCUGGGAAUAUUAGUGAUUCUGAUCCUGAUGAGGUUGAUGAUAGUGACUCUCCAGUGUCUGUAGAAAGCUGUUUGGCUCAUUUCAUAAAGCCGGAGCUUCUUUCUGACGAUAAUGCUUGGAAUUGUGAGAAUUGUGCAAAAAUUGUGCGACGUCAGAAGUUGGAAGCAAAGAAGAAGCAGACUAAGAUGUCAAAGAAUUUAUCCAUUGGUGGUGAGACUCAAAGCCAAUGUGAACCACCAAGUUUAGAUAAAGAAUUCCCUUGUCCUAACGGAGUUAGAACUAUUAGUAAUGGCGAUAUUAGUAAUUCUGGUGAAAGCUUGGUUUUACAUAACAAGAUAACUGAUUCUUUGAAACAAAAUGGUAUAAAAGUUGAAAACGGUCAAACAGGUGAGCUAAAUUCAGUUGUGUCUAAAUCUGAAGAAGGGAAAUCAGUGAUAGAAGAUGCAAGUCUGAUGAAAUCAAGUUCUUCAGUCUCCUCUAAAUCUUGUGGUCAAGAAGAAUCUGGUGGUAUCCAACCUGUUGAUUCUUGCAAUGUUGAAAAUCAUAGUGAUAAUGAUAAAUUUCAGCAAAGUAAUUCACAGAUGGCCGAAAACUGUCAAUCAGGGGAAAGUGAAGAUGAAGAGAUAGACUCUAAAAACGUGAAGGUGAAGAGAAAUGCAACAAAGAGGGUCCUCAUAAACAAGGCUCCACCUAUUCUAACUAUUCAUUUGAAGAGGUUCAGCCAAGACGCUCGUGGUCGCUUAAGUAAAUUGAAUGGCCACGUCAAUUUCAGAGAAACAAUCGAUCUUAGACCAUAUGUGGAUGCCAGGGUGGACAUAGAUAACUGUAUUUACCAUCUGAUGGGGGUUGUGGAGCAUUCGGGAACAAUGAGAGGGGGGCACUACAUUGCAUAUGUGAGAGGAGCUGAGAAGAGGAAAGGGAAGGCAGAGACUGAAUAUGUGAGUUCUCCGUGGUAUUAUGUCAGUGAUAAUUAUGUGCGCCAAGUAUCACUUGAAGAAGUUCUUCGCUGUGAGGCAUACAUCUUAUUCUAUGAAAAAAUUUGAAGGAAGUGUUUUGUUCCAUACUUGUUCUGUUUCUUAAAUGACAGCAGGGGUGAGUUAGAAUUGCACCCCCAGAGGAGAGAGACAGAAAUACAUGAAAGGCAGAGGUGAGUGUACAACAAUAAUUACCAUAUACUCCAAUACCCAUUUUUGACAUGUAAUGAGUUCUACUAUGUAUAUCAUGAAAUUAUAUUCUCAGAAAAAGCUUCAGUAUUCUUUUGUAAUUGGUCCUCUUGCCUCGAAAACUUAGUUCCUAAUUUAUUGAGGUUGU